AUGAAAUUCGAACUGAUACGGAUCAUCACCACUCAACAAGACAAGCUCUUUCCUCCUCUUGAAACCAGACCGUCUAUUGAGGGUUCCGGACAGAAUAUUCCAUCUCCAUAUCUAUUCAAGGCACUCGGUGGACUAUGCUUCACCGCGCAAGUUAUCAAUUACGAGUAA